CAGCUGGGAUGAAGAGCAGUGGGACAGCACAGACCAUUCAGUGUGAAGAAGCAACCGGACUACAGCAAGGCAAACAGUCAAUGAGCUCUUAGGAGCCAAAACAUUUCUCGUUACUUUGGGGAUCCCACCAUUCAACAGUCAGGAUGGCUCGGGAUAUGUCGGAUAAGGAAAUCUUAAAAAUGGAGUUGGAUCAGUUGAAGAAGGAAGUUAGCACAACUAGGACACCACUGCUUGCUAACUGUGCGGAGACUGUUACAUUCGUUGAGCAACUCCUGCCUAAUGAUCCGCUGAUAAAGGGCGUUCCAGAUGACAAGAACCCCUACAAGGGAGACAAGGGAGGCUGUAUAAUAACAUAGCACAUGGACAUGCAAGGAAACGUCAAACAGUUUUUUAUGAGAACCGGUUGCAUUGCUGUAAUAUCCCUGUAGAAAUGUAAAAGAAAACUAAGAUCUGUAAUGGUAUUGCUACCAGGAGAG